GUACACGUGGCUGUCUUGUCCCUGAAACGCAUUGUUUACUUCUACAAUUUUUUUUAUUUUCAUCUCUCUCGUUUACCCUAGAAAAUAAUUUGCCCGAGGAAGAAAAAUGAGAUAGAGACACAAAAAGAAAGAAAUAAAAGGAAAAAAGAAAGAAAAAGCAAAAAAUAAGAAAGAACAUAAAAAAAAAAAGCUUUAGUAUCUCCGGCGACUUGAAACCAAACCUCAGGAUCAAAUUAGGGCACAAAGGCUUCUCGGAGACAGAAGCCAUGGGAAGAAAAAAACUAGAAAUCAAGCGAAUUGAGAACAAAAGUAGCCGACAAGUCACUUUCUCCAAACGACGCAAUGGUCUCAUCGAGAAAGCUCGUCAGCUUUCUGUUCUCUGCGAUGCAUCCGUCGCUCUUCUCGUUGUCUCCGCCUCCGGCAAGCUUUACAACUUCUCCUCCGGCGAUAACCUGGUCAAGAUCAUUGAUCGAUAUGGAAAACAACAUGCUGAUGAUCUUAAAGCUCUGGAUCUUCAGUCAAAAGCUCUGAAGUAUGGUUCACACCAUGAGCUACUAGAACUUGUGGAAAGCAAGCUUGUGGAAUCAAAUUCUGAUGUAAGCGUCGAUUCCCUCGUUCAGCUGGAGGACAAUCUUGAGACUGCCCUCUCCGUAACUAGAGCUAGGAAGACCGAACUAAUGUUGAAGCUUGUUGAUAGCCUCAAAGAAAAGGAGAAAUUGCUGAAAGAAGAGAACCGUGGUUUGACUAGCCAGAUAGAGAAGAAGAAUCUUGCGGGGGAGGAAGCUGAUAAUAUGGAGACGUCACCGGGACAAAUCUCCGACAUCAAUCUUCCGAUAACUCUCCGACUGCUUAAUUAGCCACCAUCAAUCGAUGGUUUUUUUCAAAAUCCAAAAAUGAUUAAAAACAAAAAUAAGUUACCGGAUUAUUCCCCCUUAUAAGGGUGAACGUUGUAUAUCUUCAUACUCUCUUUGGCUAAAGAGACUUCGAGUGUAAAAACUACGUUAGAUUUAAGUAAAAUAUGUAUUUAAGACAUACUACUUAUGGAUCUUUGUACCUUGUUCGAGACAGAAUUGUAGCGAGUUUGUGCGUCUCUCUUCUGUCAAAACACGUGUCUGUUUGUGUGUGUGUGUUCGUGUUUUCUGUUAAUACUUGUGUUUGCUUCAUGGUGAAGACUGAGGAAGCCUGCUGCCUAAUUUGCAGUGGAGACGUGGCCAUCUUUACUUUGUUUUUGUGCCUUCAGCAAUAACUUUGUAUCUAUCUAAAGCGCG